AUGAACACUAUAAAUUACAGUACUACCAACUCUGAUGAUUUAAUUUAUCCAAUGAGUUUCAAUUACAACAAUGAUGCUGCUGCCGACUUUUACAUUCCAGACAGUUCCUUUAACUACGGAAAUUCUGGCACCGUUAGUUUAAAUCAGGAAGAAGAUGAUCAAGACUUUAAUUUUGAAUUUGAAUCGGACAACAAUAACAACUAUACAGUAGCUACCACUGAAAUCAGUCCAUCAAGUUCAUUAUCUUCUUCCUAUUCCUGUUUAUCAUAUAAUAAAUGCAACGAUAAUGAAUUUCUAAUACCUAUGUAUAUUAACGAAAUGGACAGGAAUGAUAUACAUGCCUCUCACACUCCUUGUGUUACAAAUGAUGCAUACAAUAGUACUAGUGAAAAAGUUACAAUACCUGAUAUCCCAGAAAGCAUUAAAGGCGAAACUUGUGCUUCUGACAACUACAAGUUAUGGUUAAUGAAUAGUUACUAA